AUGUUUCAGACUCCGACCGACCCGACUCAGAUUCGUAUUGACCCGGUUGAGCCAAGUUUUGGUGGAGGGAGUUUUAGUUCACUUCUUGCAUCAAUCGAGAGGUCCGGGAACCUUUUUAAGGGCCUGAAUUCAAAUGGGCCAGGUCUAAAAAUAGUGGAAAUGGGUGGAUUUGAAGAGAAUCUGAACUGUGACCCGGUCUUGAAAUCGAAUUCAGAUCAUAAUAUUAACCCGAAUGGCAGAAAUGGUGAAUCAAAGAUCUUUCUUGGUUUACAAAAUGGUGAUACAAGUUGUUGGAAUGGGAACCAUGGUUGA